GCAUACUAUCACAAGGGACCAAGUUUCAAACAAGGUCCUAAAAGCAUAGUGAGCAAGAUUAAUUUCAAAAAUGCUCACCAACGGCAGACAACAGGAACUAACUGAAUCACUAUCACAUCAAAGUAUUCACUUAAACCUAGGCUCUCACAUCACGAAAUCUCAAUCAAACCUAAGCUCUGAUACCACUAAAUCUGUCACGCCCCAGAACUCGAAUCCAAGGACGUGGCAGACGCCGUGCACUCGUGAGACGGGUCCCACAAGUGCACAAGGCUUGAAACUUAUUCAAAUCACAAUCUGAUACCACAAAAUCUCAAGAUAAAAUUUUACAAUCUGCUUUGAUAUCAUAAAAUCUCCAAUCACAAUCUAGCUUAUAAGAGCAUGAUUUAUUUCUAAAUCUAUAUCAAUCUCGAAAUGGCUAGCCUUAUAACUCGUCACUCCCCUCGGUUUCCCCGUCCUCAGUUUCGCUUCCUGAAAUGGUGGACAAGGAAAACUAUGAGAUAACUCAGUAAGUAAAUAUGGAUAGCCCUU